GUAUUAGAUAUGUAUAUGUGGAAUCAAUUAGAAAUAUCAGUGCCCGCUCUUGAGGCACGAUACCGUGUCAAAUUUCACUAAGAUUUGGGGCCCUAAAUUUAUUCGAGACGGGGUUUUCAGUUGAGAACGGACCAAGUGAGGGACAAAGGAAAAGGAUUCUUCUGUGCGACGAUUAUCUGCUCGUGCCGAUAGCAGGCCAAGAGCAAUACCGACAGUGGUGAAAUUUAAGGACAGUCUUCUGAUCAAGAAGAAAAUAUCAUCCUAACACGUUUCGACCUGCAUCGAAGUCAGAUAGUAAGAAAAUGGAAGAAGGCCCGUCCACGACCAUUGAAGACACCAUCCGCUUAUGUCUACCGCACCUCGACGAGCACCGAUUCACCAGGCUCCUCUGGAGACUACGGACACUGGGUGUGGUAGACGUGAUCCAGUUCUCUUACUUAAUUCCGGAAAACCUUUGUGAUAUUUUGACGCCUGGAGAGAGCCAGCAGCUACUGACGGAGUGGCACAAAGCACAAGUUCAUCUGCAAAGCGCUGAACAGUAUUCAGCUGGUUGGUAUGAAGAACCACAGAUCUCCCAGGAAUUCUUGGACCGAUUCGUCAAGGCUUCCUAUGACGGAGACAUUGGGACGAUACACCAUCUUCUGAACCAAGGGGUUGAUCCUAAUUGCUCAAACCAGAACCUCUUCACUGCUCUCUACAAUGCCGCACAGAAUGGUUUCACCUCCACCGUCGACUUUCUACUCCGUCAUCGGGCAGAUCCGAACAUCACGUGCGCGGGACCGCGUUGCAUGACCCCACUGUACACGGCAGCGUCCAGAUGUCACAUACAGAUCGCUGUGUAUCUUCUACAAUAUGGCGCUCAUGUCAACGCUAGGGUUGGGGAAUUGGGAUCGACAGCCCUGACAGUGGCGGCAGAAAAAGGGCACUGCCAAAUGGUCGCUCUGCUUCUCAGAUGCGGCGCUGAUGUUAAUAUGACUUAUGGAGUUUCGCAGUCGACUGCCCUAAUUAUCGCCUCGAGCCGGGGACACCUGGAGCUAGUCGAGAUGCUGCUGGAUGCUGGUGCUAAUGUAAAUGCAACACAAGAGACUACAGGCUCCUCGGCCUUGACCUUCGCGGCGGAAAGAGGUCAUCAAGAUGUUGUCCGUACUCUACUUCUCCAUGGAGCCAACUCGAAUGCAACAUUCCUGAAUGGACUGACCUCGGCCAUAAUAGCCGCAGACCGUGGUCAUCAGGAGGUUCUAACUGAGCUCUUGCGAUGUGGUGCAGUCAUCAACGCAGUUGAUCGGGUGGGAGACAGCCCUCUGCAUUGCGCCGCGCGUAAAGGGUUCUGGAGAAUAGCACGGUGGUUGCUGGAGCAUGGCGCCAAUCCAAGCAUAGAGAACCAGGACCUUGAGACGCCGAUGCAAGCAACUCAAGACGACAGCGUGAAGAAGCUGAUUCAAUGCUACAUUGCAGUUUAGCAGACGACCACUCUAACUUGAAAUUCACGAAUUACACUCUUAGAAAUAAAGGUUUUCCUGCUUUUGGUUUUUCGAGCGACAGAAAUAUGUACCCCGUAGAGUAGAUUUUCCAGCAAAGGUUUUUCAUGAGUCUCAAAAGUCAUUAAUUUUUUGGCCAAAAAAUCUCAUACAUGUACAUUUGUAGUUGCAAUACUUUGCUCAGAAAACAUUUGCCAGUGAAUUACACUAUAUAUAAAUAUCCCCCAUCCAUCCACCUGUCGGAAAACAUGCAGUCUGCCAUUGGCCAGGCUAUCGCGUUAUUCCUCUUACAAAGAGUCGAUAAGACGAUGAAGAACUUCAGAAAGGCUUCAAAAGGCUUCAAAAGGCUGGUUUUCUUUUAUAAAAAUAGCACGGCAGUAAUUCUUUUUAAUAUCAUAAUGAAAUGAUAUCGGGUAGACAUUUAACUCUGAACUUUCGAAGUAGGGUAUGGCGCCAUUGUGCGAAAUCCUAAGACGUGCGUGUCUUGGAGGAGUUUUCAGACCACCUUAAAGCAUAUCGUCCUUAUUUUUUGGCCAACCUGGGCACUACUAAAUUGUUACAAGAAUCAAGCAACAAGCAGCCAAUAGGAACAACAGGCAUUGGAUUGGAGCCGAUUUAUCACAAUUUCACCAAGCUCCCUUCGUGAAAACAAGAUUUGAGGCCAUAGUAAGUAUUGCUUCAACAUUCCAAGUCUUUGUCAAUACUUACUACUAAGACGAUCGUACAAAUGCACUUCAGUCAAGGACACCAGGAUUUUUGUUUUUUCUCCUUUCGGUAUUUCAGUUAAUCUGCUUUGUGACGGCAGGCUUGCUCAGUUGAAGAGGAAGAUGGCUAUUUGAUGUUCUGAUCUCUGUUCCUAUAAGCUCUUGCCUUUGACGGAAUAGCUUUCUCUCUCUCUCUCUCUAUUCUCUUAGAGUCUUGCGUUUGAUGAGUCGUCAACAGUGAAAUGUAACUUUGUUGAUGUAGAGCCCUGUUCCUUGUCAAGGUAAAACCCGGGAGUAUCAUCUCGACCGAAGUUUGGGUGAUCAAUGAUACUACUUAAAGAGCCACUAUCACGGUGUUUGUUUUUUCAAGUAUUUUGUUGAGCCCCCAUCGCUUGAACCCUUUUCUGGUUAAGUCAGCACAUCUUUGUCGUUAUCAAAAGAGCUUAACUUGCACGAACAGACAAAACUGUAAAAAACCUCGGCAAAAAUGUGCUCAAACAUUCUACAUGUAUACGAGAAUUAUCUUUAAAAUGUCUCCCAACUUCUGCUGAAUUUAGGUUUUUCAUUUUUUAUAAUUUCAAAGUCGUCAAACUCUUUGUAAUACUAGCUGAAGGAAAACUAAUCCGUAAGCAGUGUUUAUCCUCAGCAUAUUAUGGAAGUUGAAGUAGUUUCGAGAACGACUUGAACACUAGAUGGGCAUGGCUAGAAUGGUCCGAGGAGAGCUUUUCUUUGAUUUGACGAAAACAUCCAGAUUGAGAAUCCCACUGAAUCUGUGAAUUAAUCUUUGAACAUUUAGAUAUGAAUAGCUUACAUAUUACUAUUACAUGUACUUUACUUUUGAGAGUGGAAAGAGUGAGUCGGCUUUCAAUAGCAGACACUCUUAUCCCAACCGGGAGUUGAACCCAAGACUUCAGAGAUCAAAGACAAAACAUCUCCCGACCACUGUCUUACAAUGGUGGCGUUUUGCUUGACCGAACACUCCUUUUUCUCAUAAGUAACAUUUGCGAGAUUAGUUUGUUAAUGAUGAUAUCUUUUGAGGCAUUGGGUGAUAUGAAUAAAGACUAGCAAAUGCUUUUACUUCAAUUUUGUACAGAAAGGCCUAGUGUAAAUGUACAUGGAGUUUUAGAUAAAAGCAUUUGCUAGUCUUUAUUCAUAUCACCCAAUAUCGCGUGGGCGUUUAUAGUCAACACAUUUUGUUAAUAAUCGCUUUCUAAAUCCCUACCAUUUUCUGUUCUUCUUUAGGACAUAUUUUUUGAAUAAUCUGUCAGCCUAAUGGUAUAGAGUUAGAUAUCGAAAUACGAUGAAUCGUGAAUGAUGCGUGAUGUCUUGAGCAUGAUUCGCUUUUCUUGCUGGGAUUUGAAUUUCGAUAAAGAAAUAGCCAGUAGUUUUAGAUAUACACGAUAUAUGCCUUUGUAACUUAUGCUUUGAUUGGGUUUAGUCAGGAAGUAUGUAUUGUUGACCUUCCAGCGUACAAAAUGUUGUGUCUUUCAUCUACAUGUAUAAUCAUAAAAGUUAAUUUUAGAUUUAGAUCUUUCUGAUCAUUCAAAAAGCUAUCCAGCAGUGCGUUACAUUUUUAUUUAUUCAUUUUUAUUAAAGAUCGUAUCAACAACCUCAAAGUGGAAUAUGAUAGCCUUACUGAAAACAAUCGGCAUUAAUGGUUA